AUGUUUCACUUUGGUAAAUGCAGUACUCUUGGGGGUCUUCCGGGCGACACUGGCCCACAAGGUCCCGCUGGUGAAGCCGGACCUCCUGGCUUCGAAGGUCCUCGAGGUCGCAAGGGUGUCCCUGGUCCUCCUGGUCCCAAAGGACGCAGGGGUCCGAAGGGUGAACCAGGAGACGCGGGUGGCCUACUCCAAGGUAGACGUGGUGAUGAUGGUGACGACGGUGAACCCGGUUUACCAGGUUUGGCUGGACCUAAGGGACAGCCGGGCAGGCAAGGUGACCCCGGUCCCCCUGGUGAGCCAGGACAGCAAGGCCUCCAAGGCGAGAAGGGAGAGAAAGGACCAGACGGUGAACCCGGCGAUCAGGGUCCCGACGGUCCUGCAGGUUAUCCCGGAAUCCAAGGCGAGAAAGGUGUUCGC